AUGUCUGAUAAAGUGUCAAUGAGUGAGGCGGGAUCACACAACAUGGGACAUGAGGCCCAAAAGCCUGGUCUGAGCCUUGCGGAGAAUGAGACAAGCACCUCCAUAAUGCAGGCAUCAGAUUAUGACAGAGUGUACCAAGAUCUAAAAGCGUUUUCGAAAAACGGAGAGAAUUUCUGCAAACAGUUCAGGUUUGUUCUCCAGCAAAGGGCUAACUUAGAAAUUAGCUAUGCCAAAGGACUGGAGAAGCUGGCUCACAAGCUUACCAAAGCUUUGGUCAAGAUGAAGCUAAAUAUGUAUAAAACAUCCAACAGUAUGCAAAGGAAUGAAAACCAUGCCAAGAAGAAAUUAAUGCAGUUUACCAAGGAACAUGAAGCACUCUUCCGUUAUGUAGAAAACACCAAGCAAUUUGCUACAGGAAGGUAACUCCUCCGUAGAUUGCUCAGAAGGCUAGAAAAAUCAGCAACAAAAAUAACAAAGGAAGAUGAAGAUUAUUAUCAAAAAAAUAUAACUGGCUACGAAACUAGACCGAGCUGAGAGACAGCUUUAGAAAAUAGCUACCAGGCAAGCAUUUUGGAAAUUCAGAGAGAAAGAUGCUUCAUUCUUUUGCCCUCUCCUUAUCUUUCCCCUUUCUCUAUGUUUACAAACAACUAUGCCAUUGCUACUGCAUCCCGCUCAGGUGCACACUUUGGAGCAGCCCUGCAGUCCUUGUUUAAACAGACUUCUCCUGCGGACCUCAAGGAGGAAGAUUUUACAAAUGGAAUGGAUAAAGUAAGAUGAAAAGCUUCAAUCAAAGCAAAAGUGCUGUGACUGCAGAAGGAUCUAAACAAGGCAGCACAGGAAAAAGAAGGUCUGGAGCGGAUGCUUAAAACAUACACAGAGACCCCCCGGUUUUCAGAUUUAAAGAACCAGAAAGACCCGGCUGUGCUCCUGGAGCAGACAAGCCUAAAACCAAGCCUUUUGCGAGCAAACAUCUGCAAACUAUCCACAGUACUAGCAGAACUAGAGCAGAAGCCUAAGCCCAGACAUCCCUGGAGCGACUGUAUCUCCAACUGGAAAGAGAAGGGAAAGCAGUUAAUAUUUUUAAGAGGGGACAGCAAUCCUGCAAAUGGUACCUGCAAGGCUUUGUAUGACUACCAAGCUAAAAGGGAUGAUGAGCUAAGUUUGCAAAAAGGUGACUUUAUUAUCAUUCACCAGAAGGAUGAUAAUGGAUGGUGGUAUGGGACCCUAAAGGAGAGAAAAGGUCACUUUCCCACGACGUAUGUGGAAGAUAAGUUCCCUACUUCCAUAGAUGAAACAUCCUCAGAAGCAUAA